UGGGCAUGUGUGGGACGGAGACUUUACGCUUUAGUAUCAGAGCCAACUCCGCGUGCUCUGGACCGCGAAAUUCUCGAUAUCGUUUUGUUUCCUCCAAGGACCUCUUCUUCGCGAGGUCCGCGAGGCUUCCUUGUGCGACGCGUCAAUUAGAUUUUCUCAAUUGGAGUUGAAUAUAAAAAAAAAGUUGGUAGGUACCGACAUUUUCAAACAAAACAUGCAUUUUUGUCUCGCUCAAUGUAAUACACUGGGAUUUCAAUGAACAUCAAAGCAAAAGGGUUGCAUCUACAUCUAAGUACGUCCUUCAAUAAGUGUAUUGAAUAUUAUUCAUGUAAGUAGACCUAAUAGGUUUGGAUAUAAAUAAAUAAAUGAAUAAAAUAUAGUAAAGUAUAGACUAUAGGAUCGUUGACUACGUACGGUAUUUCGAGUGAUAUAUAGACAAUGAUAAUGUGAACUGAACCAGUUAUUGACAAGAUAAAAAAAUAGUGCAGUGCGGUAUGUCAUCCAGUGAUCCACCUUCCCCGCUGGGGGAUACGGACAUUCCCUCGCUAACUUGCACUCCACCGGCAUCCCCCUGUUUCCCCCCAUUGUCACCCUUGCCAGGGUCAUCGAGACCCAAAUCACUAAUGGAGAGUCUCCUGGUGGCGAAAAUGGAACAGGUCGCCUUGAGGCAUCCUGGGAGACAGCUGGUGAGGACUGACAGUGCAGAUUCGGCUAGUUCUUUCGGAUCCAUCAACUCUGCAACGGCUAGUGACGUUUGCAGGUGCGAUGACUGUUUGUUGGGGAUUGGCGAUUUGUGGCAGCAGGAGGGAAGUGAGGAAAGACGGAAAAAGGUAUGGAAUAGCUGCUAG